ACAUGUUCCCAUCAGGUGUUUCCCAUCAUACCCUGCGGUCUCGCAGGUAGGAGUCAUUCUACAGACAUGUUGUGGCCACUAGAGGACGCAGGAGUCCAACUUUACAGGUUCUGUUUUUGAUUAAACCAUCAGCAGCUAGAACUGAAAACAGAAACUGAAACAGUUAUUUAUCCAACACAGGCUCGGUUCUGCCCGGACUGGAUGAUUUCACUGUUUAAUUUAAAUUCCCCAUUAAACACGAGUUAAAUUGAAUCCAGCAAUCCUGAAUAUCCUAAAACUAUGAAAGCAACACGUGUUUCACCAUAGUUUUUACAGUAUUAUACUGUAUCCAGGUCCCUGAGGCUCCAGGGACCUGGAUCCGGUUCCUUGACUCGGUGAAUCUUUGUGUAAAUAGAAAACCGUUAAGUGACGAGUUUUAGCGUUCGCAGCUCGCAUUAGCGAAGCGCCUUCCUCCUCCUCUUCCUCACGGUCCCCGCCCUCUUUUCCCGCGGUCUAACGGAGCUGUGACGGGGAUUGAACGCACCUCCACGCGUUAAACACUCUAGUAGAACAAGGGGAAAGUGGUCUGAGCCUGGAGCUAUGCACCAAAGUCAAGUUAUUAAUUUUCAAAGUUGACUGUAUUACAGUAUGACAUGGUAGUUUUAAAACUAAUAAAUCCUAAACUAUACAGUAAAAAUACAAGGAUUUUUGGAUGGUGAUAGUACACAUCUAGCAGAAAUAAGAGAAAGUGGUCUGGGCCUGGAACUAUGCACUAAGUCAAGUUAUUAAAUAUAAAAGUUUUACAGUAUAACAUGGUAGUUUUAAAUACUAAUAAAUGCUUAAUUUCACAGUAAAAGUACACAGAUCUUUAUUAGGCGAAAGUUUUUCUAUAUAUGCAAUAUUUGGUUUCGUAGUUUUCCAUAUUUUGAACAGACCGACGUCUCGCUAUAAAAAGAGGAAGUCGCGACGAGCGUGUGUUGUGCUCUGCUGUAAAGCGUGUAAUACGGGCGCAAGACGUUUUUGAAGCGCGGCUGGCUGAACGACGGAUGAACGAAGGACGGCUCAUUUGACCGCAGUGGACUAACGACCCAGACUAAACGCUACCAGAUCGGACUUCCCUGGUUUCUGCCUGGACCUGGACGCUGGACCGCUGUGGAAAGCGGAGCCGCUGUUCUUCUUGGUUCGGGAUUUACACAGGCAAGUCAUCAGCGCUCCGGUACCGGGACUUGGAGUCAGCUGGACUCUGGCCGGAGAGACGCGGCCGAUGGAGCAACGGUAUGACGACCCGGGUGGCUACAUGCUGGGAACGCUGGGACAGCUCCACCCCCUCACGGCUCCACACCAGUGCUCCCAGUCCACCCACAGCUGCAGCGCUGUGGUCGCCACCCGGGACAGAGAUGCCAUUUAUGGACACCCUUUAUUCCCUCUGCUCGCUCUGCUUUUUGAAAAAUGUGAGCUGGCGACGUUCACUUCGAGGGACGGCUGUGUGACUGGAGGGGACAUGUGCUCCUCUGACUCUUUCAACGAAGACAUCGCCAUCUUCUGCAGACAGGACCGGUCGGAGGAGCCUCUGUUCUCAUUCCACCUGGAGCUGGACAAGCUGAUGAUCCAGGCCAUUCAGGUCCUGCGCUUCCACCUGCUGGAGCUGGAGAAGGUUUAUGAGCUUUGUGAUAAUUUCUGCCAUCGAUACAUCAUCUGCCUGAAAGGGAAGAUGCCGAUAGAUCUGGUGAUAGAUGACAGGGACGAAACCAGGUCGGACAGCAAGGACUUUAUUGUGGAUCAGAACUCAUGGAGCAAAGAUCCUGACGCCGCGGUGCCGGUCCGGUCAGCCGGGACACCGGACCCAGCCAGCAGUGGAGCUACGUCUCACCGUAGCGGUUGCAGCAGUGAACAAGGAGACGGUCUGCAUGAGUGCAUGGCGUCUCCCAGCACAGGGGACGACGACCUGGACGGGAGCAAAAUGCACAACAAAAGAAGAGGAAUCUUUCCCAAAGUGGCCACCAACAUCCUGAGGGCCUGGCUCUUCCAGCACCUGACGCAUCCGUACCCGUCAGAGCCACAGAAGAAGCAGCUGGCACAGGACUCGGGUCUCACUGUCUUGCAGGUCAACAACUGGUUUAUUAACGCGCGGCGCCGGAUCGUCCAACCCAUGAUUGACCAGUCCAAUCGAGGGGUGGGACAAGCAGAAGCGUACGGCCCAUUUGGCCCAGCGGGAGGUUUCGUCAUGGGACUUGGACCACCUGGUCCAGUGGCUGAAGCGUCGCUGGAGGGUCAGGGGCAGUACCUGUGACACCAACACCACCUGCUGAGGCCCAGGACCUCAGAGUGGGUGUCCAGGUGGGUCUGGGUGUCAUGUAAUAACUGGACUGAGGUUACCAGAAGGUGGUCUGUUAAAAGAAAGAAGAAAGAAAAAGACGCCUUACCAUCAUCACUAAUCUUCUCUGAUUAAUCCUCUGAUUUGAUCAUCGCUUUCAUCCCUCCACUUCAUUACACUCAGCCCAAUUCGUGUAAGAAAAUUAAUUAUUGGGCUGAGGGAGGAAGUCUGACCAUCUCUCACCCCCCUCGCUGCUCUGUCUCCAUGGUAACGUAAGGGCGGAUGGAGAUCUGGUCUCGAGGGUUCUACUGGUCAAAGCUCCUGCUCUGUGUAGAGCAGAACCCUGGAUGCAGCUACUGUUUGACUUUUCACACUGUGUGUGUUCCUCCAACUUUCUUUGUUUGAAAAUAAAGUGACCUGAAGCAUCUCUAACUAUCGGCCUGAAGCUGGUUCCACGGAGGAGCUUGGUAAAGGCUCUGCCUCCCAGAUUAUAUGUAGAAACUCUGGAACCACCAGUGGACCAGGAGCUCGUAGGUCUGGAAAACAAGAUGGAGCUGAGCAUUAGGCGCUUUGAAGAGAGAAGCAUGUGGAGCUUCACACUGACGGAAGCCUCUCAGCCUGAACUCUUUUCUCCUGAAGGCCGAUCCCUCGUCAGAACUGCUUCUUCAAUCCCCCAAGGCCUCAUUUCAAAGACAUCUCCGUUUGUCUUCCUCCUAAAAUCAGUCACUAAUUGGCAGACGGAGCUCAGAAAGCGCCUCCGCUGACUGACAGGCGGCAGGCGCUUCAGCUCCCAGGCUGGACUGACCUCUGUAGGGGAUUGAAGAAACUGCCUUCAUGUCUGUUUUUCAGUUGGUGCCAUCACAGGCGCCGACAAGCCCACUUAAAAUGCACAAAGAGCAGCAAGAAGGUGGAGAUGCAGCUCAGACACCACAGCUACAGUAAACAAACUACAAACCUGGCCCUGAACGCAGCACGUCACACAUUCUUCCAAAUCUGAAACUUCUUGAAUCUCACUUAAACAAUUUUGUUUUUUUCCAUCAGCUUGUUUUGUUUUUUGUGACUGGGUCAGACGGACCUGAGGUCCAGGAUCAAUCUACAGCAAGCAUCCUCGCAGUGCAGAUACAGUAAAAGGCUUUGUAUAGAUUUGGACUUCAGCACUGCGGCUGCCGUUUGGACACUGGUGACUUAUGGGCUGUUGAAUGUAAAAGGAGCACCUAUAUAACUAGUUUUCCUAACUAGAUGUUAAAUGUUUUUUCUCACAUUUAGUUAAAUGUGCAAAAGUCUAAAUGUAAAUGUUAAAUCUAAAUGUUAGAUGUUAAAUCUUAAUGUUAAAUCUAAAUGUAAAUGUUAAAUGUUAAAUGUAAAUGUUAAAUGAUCGAACUGAAUAUUUAAGUAGACUCCACCUCCUAUGAUUCCGGAUCAGUGACGCGCACUCAAACACCUCCACCAGUACGCAUAGCUCCGCCCACAUCUGACUCUGGAUCGGUGCACGACAAUACCGAGGAGAAGCCUGAAGUCGAAGGGAUGGAGUCUACUUGCACAAUCAUGAAUAUUCAGUCUUACACGCUGCGAUCAUUUAACAUUUAACAUUUACAUUUAGGCUUUUGCACAUUUAACUAAAUGUGACAAAACAUGUUGUGUCAUUUAGUGAAAUGUGAGAAAACUAGUUAUAGGUGCUCCUUUUACAUUCGGCACCCCAUAGAGACUAGGUGGCACUUCUAAGCAGGCAGUAAUAGAUUGGUGGAUCCAAGAACAGCCUCCACUACGCUGCUAUGAUCCACCAGCCUGAAUGCAUCUUCUGAAAAAGGCCACAGUACUGUUUUAUUGUUAGUGGAAAAAAACAAACCUUAAACUCACUUACAACCUGUUUAUUCUGUUAUUUGGUUUUGGUUGAUUCAAACAUGUUGCACACAGAUUCAACAGCUGUUUUUGUUACAUUUAUUUUUGUUACAGUCUCUGUUAAUUAUUUUUUUAUAUUAUUUAAUUAUUUACCUUUUUAACUGAUCAACACAGUGUUGAUCAAAGUGGGUGGAUAAGGUGGCAAGGAAGAAAGAAGUGUCAGGAGGAGUGGGAAUAAGACUGUGAAGGUAGAAAGCUGCAUACAGUUGUAAAGAAGAUAGGGAGCGUGGAGGAUCAGCUGGAGGAGGAAGGAGAGGUCAAGUCAUGCUGAGCAGAUUAAGCAUCGGGCAUGUUGUUUAAACAGCACGCUGCAUUUGAUGGGGAGGCAUCUGGAUGGGUUGUGUUCCUUCUGUGGGAGCGUGGAGGGAGUAGAACACGUUAUUAUGAAGUGUGGAAGAGGGGGUUGAUGAUACGAGAUAUGAUGGAAGCUGGGAUGAAGGAAGUUAGUUUGGAAAGCUGCUAUCUCCAGAAGUUCUCUGAUGACUGAUGGGAGUGUAUUUGGACCAUAAACUGGACAGGAAAAAGAACUCAGCAUGAGCAGCAUGAAUGGAGCAGACAGUAACAGACUGAACAAAGUGAUCAGGAGGGCUGGUUCUGUUCUGGGGUGGAGCUGGACCCCCUACAUGCUGUAGCUGAGAGGAGGAUGCUGGUCCAACUCCUCACUAUAGACGACACCUCCACCCCCACACAGUGUGUGUCUGGACAGAGGAGCACCUUCAGCCACAGCUGAUCAGUAUUAGGUUCUCCACAGAACGCCAGCGGAGAACCUUCCUACCGAUGCCAUCAGCCUGUACAACAAAAGGGUUGAUCUUCAUCCAUGCAGUGACAUGUAUAUAAAACUUUAGCUACUAAUUACAUGUAAUUAGACAAUAGCAAUUAGACUAGACGUGAGUGUGUGUAGAUGUGUUAGCAUU